CGCAAAUGAUUAAGUCUGAGAAUUCCAUUUACACAAAAUGAAUUUAUGUGAUCUAGAAAACAUGCAUACGCAGAUGGAUUGUUACAAAAUUAACCAACUGGCAACAACGCAACAUACUAGUUCUUUCCCUGAUCAGCUGAAAAUUGAGGAAUUGAAUGAUCAUCCAGGAACUGACUAUUAUAAUUCACAUCAUAACUCUUUAUUUACGGAUAAUAUUCGUACUACAUUCAUUCCAGUUAAUACUUCUACGACUACUAUCCCCAAUUCUUAUAGUCAUGAAGUAAAUAGCAGUAAUAAUAUCAAUCAUAACAUCCUGUAUAAUAUGAAACAGUGCGAAAAACAUGGUAAUAACUACCAGGAAGUUACGUCUAACUAUAGCUACGUAGAUAAUGAGGUAGUAUGGACAAAAAAUGUAUUCAAUUCAAAGUCCUGUCUUAAAAAUUCUGUUAGUUUGAUCAACAGUUAUAAUCAUAGUGUGAAACUGAAUAGAAACUCUAUAAAUCGUGAAUCAAAUUCAAAUGAAGACUAUUCGCAUCCCAACUACCAUUAUGAUGUAGAUCUUGUUUCUACACCAGGACACAUGUAUUCACUUACCGAUUAUUCAGAAGUGAAUAGUGGAGAUUAUCCGUACUUUGUAAAUGAUGAACAGCAAGUCUGUUUGAAUGAGCCUUUGCUGUCUAAUGGCCUGGAGUAUUCGGACUUCUGUAAAGAGUUUUAUACCGAUAGAGAAUCAAAUAUGACUAAUUGCAGUCAUAAUUCCGCCUGUGAACAAGAUGGUAGCUGUCCAAGUGAAUUGAAGAUAAAUCCACCAGCAAAUCAUUACAGUGAUCAGGAUUGUACUCCUCAGAGAGUGGUUAAAAGAGAUUUGAAGCCAUGUGACUUUAUCAGCCAGACUGAUUCAAUGACUAGUGAACGGCUUGAAGGCCAAGGUGGCGUGCACAGUAGUACAAAUUGGUCAUUUGGUUGGUCUAACGAUAGAGAGUUAGAUAGCCAAACAAGUAAUCAUCUGUGUAGCCCAAAAAACAUUACAGUAGAUUCUGGAAAUUAUCAAAUUCCAAAUUGCAUUACACAUACCAAGGCAAAAGAUCUCAUUUAUGAGAAAGAAUACGUGACAAAUGAAAAUGAUCAGUCGAUAAACCAGUCGUACAAGCAAUCGACGAGUCUAUCUAACGGUCAGAAAGCAUGUAUGAUAUCCGGGCUAUGUACUGAAGUAGAUCAUUCAUACUCACCACAGCCUGAAUCAAAGCAGUCGUGCAGCCUUUCUUCAAGUUCUGGGACAGAUCUGUCAAUUAAUAAUGGUCUGAAUUUAUCAGGUGGGGCUUACUUUUGGCUGUAUAAUUCGCAGUGCAAAGGACCAAAAGCGUCACCAUUACUGAACCUAACAAGUGCCGUGACUGAAAACAAUCUUUACGAAAAUAAUCAAGAAAGAGGUGUAAACAAAGGUGCUCCUAGCAUUUAUCAAGACGAUUUUAUGUCCUUGAGCACAUCUUCUUUUGUUACUCAACCAGUAAUACAUUACCCCAUAUCCCCGUUAUCAUUACCAGGAUAUCCACUUGUUGUCUUUGAAGACCCUGUGCAAAGAAGAUUUGAUUUAGUUCACUGUUCAAAACUGCGUCGAGGUGAUGGGAAUGAUGUGACUCCAAAUUUAAUGCGGUUACGUUCUAUGGGAGAAGAACUUGCCCAUUUGAAUAGGCAUAUUACAGCUCAAGGUGAAUUAAUUUCUCAUGGAGCAAUGGUAACACUUGAGCGAGCAAAUGUGAAUACGAAUUUAAAGGUAAUUCAGGGUCUUUCUGAAUGCGUUUCAAACUCAAAGAUUGUUGAACAAGCAAAGCGUGAAAAGAACAAACUGGCCAGCAAAAUCUGCCGCCUCAAGAAAAAAGCAUUCCAUGAAGCUAAUAAAAUAAAAUACCUUGGAUUAGAAAUUGAAUAUAAUGAACUGGCAACAGUCAUAGUAAAACUGAGAGAACUGAUUACACAAUCUCUACGGAAUCGCCUUCCGGCAGAAAACUUGCAUUAUGAACCAGUUAUUAAACAUAUGAAAAAUACUGAAGGCGAAACAAUUAAACAUGGUGAUCACCUGCCAUCCCUAUUGUCAUCUCAAGUUAAAAAUUUAUUUGGACGAAAACAUUCACUGUCAAUAGCACAAGAUAUAAUAUACCUUUAUUCUGCUUCAUCAAGAUCUUUGCUCAGACAAGCAACAGAUUUCUAUGAAUCUACUCACAUGACUCGAACCGCUGGAAGAAUGGAUAUGUUAGUGGAUGAAGUAAUUCGGAACUACACCAUCUCAUGUUCCUCCUCUUCUGUUGGAAGUAAUUAUUUACAAGGUGGUAACAAUUCACUCUCAUUAAACAGAAGAUUAAGUACACCGCUAGUACAAGCGUUAACAACCUCAAAUACAUACUUUACAAGCCAAGAUGAGGAAAAAUCACUAGACACAAGAAGUUCAAGUACUAUUUUCUAUGAAUCUUCAGAGUUUGCAAAACAGAAUAACUAUAAACAAGAAGACCACCAAUGUGCACCAGCAUCCAAAGUAAAUUACCCAGGACCACCGCCUGAAUUCAAAUUAAUUUACAAAUAAAUUUUAUAAAAUAUGACUUUCUAGAUGGCUCACUUACCACUUUAUUGCGCAACUUAUCUAAUCUACAGAUUAAAAGAAUUUUUGUCACAUCACUGAAAGACUCUUCCUUUUAUCAUAAAAUGUGUAUUUAUUUUCCUCAUAAGAAUAAUUUUCAAAGUGUGAGAAGAAGAAUGGUAAAUCUGAAGUAAACCUGUGAUAUAAAAAUGAUUUUUUUUAAUGAAAAUGUUUGCUCAUUCAUUCCGUAUAUACUCAUUCUUUUCCUUUCUUAAUAUACUUCAAAUCAACAGAGAAUUUGAAAUAAGUUUUUCCUCUUAUUUUCCAGUUACUUCAUUCAAAUAGGUUAUCAUAUUAAAAUAUUCUUCAGCAGCCAUUUUAUGUUGAUUGUAUCGAAAAGAAGAUGUUUUCCUUUAUACCAUUUUUCAUUCUUUACCUACAUAAAAGUAUUAUAACUUUCUUUCGAAGUGACAAACACAGAUACUCAAAAUAUUGGCAAUGAUAAUUAUUUCUUAAACAUUUUUAGUGAUAUUAUUUUCAAUAUCCUAACUGCAUUAUUCUCACAGAAAAGCGAUCAUUUGAUGCGUAAUGACUGGAAUCCAGAACUAUUUCUACUUCUUUUUUACGCAAUUCAUUACGCAUCUGUUCCGCAUAAUAAUUACAGUCAUAGUGUUAAUAACAAUAAUAAUAAGCUUAUUUUGAUAUCGGAUAAGUCACAGUUCAUUAUCGUCAUGUCUGCUAGUGGUUAUCAAUAUAUCUUGUAGAUUCUUCUGUUAGUCAGUUCAGAAAUACACUACAAUAUCUUUCAGUGUAAAUUUGUACUACCAUGACCUAACCAAAAAUAUUUAUAAUAGUAAUAAAAGUAUGGGUUUACGAAAGGUUGAUUUUAUUUAAAUAAUAAAAUAUUCAGUGAUAAAAUCUCUCACUGUAUUUUUUCUCUUCAGUCUGCCUGAUUUCUUCUUUCAUCUUGUUAUAAUUUUGUAUAUUUCUUCAAACUGUAAAUUUAUGAAAUCCCUCGUCUGCUUUCCUUGACUAUUAUACUUAUGUGAAUUUCACACACAUAUAAACCUGGCCAAUGUCAACACAGGUACUGAUUCUUUCAAGAGAAACGGGAUGAUGUAACAAGAAGUGGUAGUUCUUUGUCAGAAAUUUCGGUUAUAUUGCAAUGGACACUAAGAUGUUUUCAAAAUCAUAUGCAUUUCAAUGUUAAUAACAACAAUAAUAAUAUUAAUAAUGACGAUGGCUCUAUCCCGACAGAUAUUUCCCAAAUACUGUACAUAAUUUCCAGCAUGUUACAUAGCAUCAAUUGGACAGGAAGGGUGUUUAUAUACAUAUACAUAAUAAAAUGAAAUAAGUAGAAAUUAUAAAUAAAAGAUAAGAACAUUUGCUUCAUCU